GAGAGCAUCAGACACCAUGAACUCACUUGCACUGUCCUCCACCGCAGAUUCGAAGAAAGAUUGAGGUACCCAAAGCUUUAUCCACGAGAAAAUCCACCGCACACCUCACUGCAGCAGCUUCUUCUUCUCCUUCGUCUUCUGCUCCAAAUGCUUGAAGCGGAGCAAUAGGUUCGAACGAAAAUGGCUUGCGCAACGUUAACGGUGUCGUUGGGUUUCAAAGCCCUUCCCACAUUAUGUCCUCCUUCUGCUCGGGCCCCUCGCAGCCUCUCUGUCCAACUCGCUCCGUUCAACCAGCUGAUUUCGCUCCGACUCAGUUCCUCGCGUAGCGUUUCUGGGUUCGGCUGGGUUCUUCCUCAGAAGCUCUGCACAAUCGCUCCCCUCCCUCAGAGGCUUCGCUCUCUCACUGUUGUCGCUGCCAAAGGCUACAAAAUGAAGACCCACAAGGCUUCAGCAAAGCGAUUCAGGGUGACGGGUAGAGGAAAAAUAGUUCGGAGGGGAGCUGGAAAGCAACAUUUGCUGUAUAAGAAGAACUCCAAGAGGAAAUUACGACUGUCCAAAAUGCAUGCAGUCAGCCGGAGUGACUAUGAUAACGUGAUUGGUGCCUUGCCGUAUCUGAAAGUAGAUAGAAAUGCAAAGUAGACAUGAUGUAACAUCCAUCUUAUGAGUCACUCUCACACCCAUCUGGUCUGUAAAUUGUUGAUCAUUUACUCAGAUUUAUGAAAAAGGCAAGUGAAAUUGUAUCCUUCCAUGCUUAUCUAGGACAAUUGGUUUUCCAUUCCAUGGAAUUGCUAUCUAGUCAUAAUCAAAUUGAAGUUUCUCCGCCAUUCGUAACCCUCACAGUUUGCAGUACUUGUAACAGAAUUUGCUAGAGAAUGAUGGUUCUUUUUUAGUCG